AUGACCAGUCCUACGAUCGACAGCCCUAUAUCCCACCUACUUACGCUCCCCAACGAGCUCCUACUCAACCUCGGCGAACACCUCCUCCCAUGCUCUCUAUACUCCCUAAUCCGCACAUCCCGCCGCCUCGCGAUUCUCCUCCUGCCACGCCUCCGCACCCUCGCAUGCUACGACGACUUCUCUAUCACCGCCCUGUUCUGGGCCGCCGCCUCAUCCAACAGUAUCCUCGCGAGUCAGAUACUGACAAAAACAACCGCAAUCUUCAGGAUCCUUCCGGCAGCACACACUCCACCGGCCGCCAUCACAGCACAAUCAUCAUCACUGCUGCUGCAUCCGACCCAUGUAGCCACGGGGGAGAAGGGCGGUGAGCUGGUGGAAACAAUCAAAGAUGUCCUCGGCGCGGGUGCGGAACUCAUUCUCCACUAUAAAUGCAUAACAUACACCUCUUUAUUCUGGGCCGUCGAGGCCGGUCAUAAAAAUCUUGCCACACUAAUCCUCAAAUCCGACGAAGAAUUGUCAAACAUCAACACACUCAAUGCGUGUGGCCGGUCUGCACUUCAUGAGGCCGUCUACCGCGGCAAUUAUACAAUGGUGCAAUUAAUACUGUCCAACACAACAACCUGCGUUGACCUUCCAGACGCACAGGGUCGUACACCCCUAUACUUGGCCGUUGUAGAACGCAAAGACCCGGGGAUGACCGCGUUGCUAUUGGAGCACGGCGCAAACACAACAUCCUACACUGAUCCCGCCACUGGGCGGAAGCUUCUCCAUCUUAGCGUUCUUCACCCUGGCACGUCCGCGAUGGUAAGUUCACUGUUAGCACAUGGCGCGGAUCCAACUAGUCGUACAUUGAUGGGCCAAUCAGCGUUGCAUCUGGCGGCAAAGCUUGCUGAUGCAACCACGGUUCGCGUACUAUUGUCAAAUGCAAAAUGUGCUGAGAACAUAAACACGCGGGAUAUGUUUGGAUGGUCGCCGUUACAUCUUGCAGCAAAGGCGGGCGAGGAAGAGGUCGUCAAAGUUCUGCUCGAGAAAGGUGCAGAGGCAAAUGCAAGGGACGAUUAUGGCGCCACUCCAUUGCAUCGUGCAGUAUGGGCUGGUAGGGAGAGAGUCUUGGGAAUGUUAGUGGAGCACGGGGCUGAUCCUCACAUGGCCGAUGAUUCGGGGAAGACCGGAUUGGACCUGGCAAUGAUCAAAAUGAGAAUAAGAGAAGGGGGUGCAAGAGGUGUUGUUAAUAGAGCGUGGAGUGAGAUCGCCAAUGGCGGGGACAUACUUUGA